CUGGCUUACUUUGAGAGGCGCGCUUGCAUCAUGUCGGUUUCGAAGUUGACCUCCGAGAUGACGAGACACUACGCUGGCCAAGCAAUCAAGCAAACCUACGUCCUCCUCUUGGGCCUGGAUGUGAUUGGUAAUCCAUUUGGCGUGAUCCGGGGGGUGGCACAGGGCGUGGAGGAUCUCUUCUACGAACCCGUCAAGGAGUUCGGAGAAGGUGUUGCCCUGGGAGUACGCAGUUUUGUUGGCCAUACUGUUGGCGGCGCCGCGGGUGCAGUAUCCCGCAUCACCGGCACCCUGGGCAAGGGAGUGGCUGCCCUUACUCUCGACGAUGACUAUAAACGUCGACGACGGGAACAGCUGUCUCGUCGUCCCGCCAACUUCUCCGCAGGUCUAGCCCAGGGCGGCAAGGAUCUGGUCAUGGGUGUCGUCGAUGGAGUAACCGGCAUCGUCAUGCAGCCAAUAGGUGGUGCCAAAAAGGGGGGCGUUGGCGGCUUUUUCAAGGGUAUGACAAAGGGCCUCGUUGGAGUCGUUACUCGCCCAAUCUCCGGAGUCGUUGAUUUUGCCAGCAGCUCUUUCGAGGGAAUUCGUCGGGCCACUUCAACGUCCAAAGAUGUCAGUCGGGUACGACCGCCACGUUUCAUUGGCCUUGAUGGCGUGAUUCGACCAUAUGACCUGUAUCAGGCGCAAGGCAACAUUAUCCUGAAGCCUUUCAAAGAUGCCUCCGAGGAGUACGUUAUCCAUGUGCCGCUGCGCAAGCCGAAAACGGUCUGUAUAUUGACCUCACGGCGCCUUUUGGUUCUGAGUUUCAACGACAUUCUUGGCAGCUGGUCGUGUGAUUGGCAGAUAAGCCUCGCGGAGCUGGAUGGAGCGCCCACCGAGUGUGCUAGCGGUCUCGAGCUGAAGCUACUUAAGGCGCAGCGGAGGGUCUUCGGCUCUUCCACCAUUUCCAAGUUCAUUGAGGCGGACGUCGACCAAGCUAGGCGUUUACAGGCCAAAAUAGUACAGAGGAUGUCCACGGAGGAGGCUUCGUGA